CAGUCUCUGUGCUUUUUAAAAAAGAGCCAGAAGCUUCAAUGUUGGAUGCCGUGCUAUGACAACGUCACUGCUCCUCCGUCCUCGCUGGGUCGACCCGUCGGUGAUGUUCCUCUACGACAACGGCGGAGGUUCCGAUGAAGUCAAGAACAUGGAGGGUUUUGCUGGUGGCAACUUUGCGGCGAACCAGUGUAGAAAUCUGAUGGCGCACCCCGCGUCCCUGGCACCGAGCACGGCUUAUUCGUCAAGCGACGUGCCCCCCUCCGGCAUGGGCGAGCCAGUGAAACAGUGCAGUCCUUGCUCUGCAGCUCAGAAUUCCUCCAGCGCGUCGUUGCCAUAUGGAUACUUCGGUAGCGGCUAUUAUCCGUGCCGAAUGUCGCAUCACAGCAGCAUUAAGCCCUGUGGAGCGCAGCCCCCCUCCGCGUAUGGAGAGAAAUACAUGGACACGUCUGCCUCGAGCGACGACUUCACCUCCCGGGCAAAGGAAUUUGCUUUUUAUCCGACCUACUCAACAGGCCCUUACCAACCUGUGCCCAGCUACCUGGACGUCCCUGUCGUGCCAACUCUCAGUCAGUCCGAGGCCAGACACGAGUCCCUGCUACCUAUGGAGACCUACCAGCCGUGGACUCUCGCCGCCAACGGCUGGAACGGCCAGGUUUACUGCGCCAAGGAGCAGCCCCAGCCGAGCCACAUGUGGAAGUCCUCCAUACAAGACUCGGUGUCCCACACCGGAGGAGAGUCUGGCUCUUAUCGACGUGGAAGAAAGAAGCGCGUGCCAUACACCAAGGUGCAACUGAAGGAACUCGAGCGCGAGUACGCCGCCAAUAAAUUUAUCACGAAGGACAAAAGGAGGAGGAUAUCUGCCCAGACCAACCUGUCCGAGAGACAGGUCACGAUAUGGUUUCAGAACAGACGAGUAAAGGAGAAGAAAGUUGUCCACAAAUUGAAACCCAGCUAGUUUAUUUAUUUUUAUUUUUUAUUAUUACGGACAAUAGGCUAUCUGUGGGAGAAACACGCACACACACACACACACACACACACACACACACACACACACACACACACACACACACACACACACACACACACACACACACACACACACACACACACACACACACACACACACAGACACACACACACCUACACGCACGCACACACGCACACACACACACGCGCACACACCCACACAAACGUAAACAUAUGUGUUUGCACGCGCACGUUUGGACUCAUGGACACCAACACUCGUUCCUGACUGAACAUGAUUCAUUUCUAUGUUACCAAAUAAUUUCCCGGAGCUUCUGGAACAAAAUGUCUGAGGCCUCUGAUGAAUGCUGGACCCUCCUGCCACUUGCUGUAAAACGGCGUUUUGAUUAAGGAGCAUGGAGGAAAAAAAAGAGAAAAUAUAUAUAGCUGCAUUUUUUGAGAUUUCUUUUUUGUGUAAGUUUUGUUUUUCUCGACAUGCUCACUCAACACAGGAACACAGACCCCAGUUCAGAGAGGUGUGCGCCACCGAGCUACGCCUUUAUCUGCAACUUUAUCGACGGUGAUAAAACUGCGAAGAUUCACAGGAAGUGAUGGUGUUAGGGAUUUGGACCUUGGAAAUGUUAAAUAUUAAUCUCUACCGGCUUCCUUUUUUAAAACCUAACUCACAUGCUGAGCUUGUAUGAAGUUUGGUCUUAUCAUAUGAACCCGUGCCCCACAUGCAAUCCACGGUGCAAUUCUUAUUAUAAUGCUUAGAUAAUCGUUCGCGAUAUGUGAUCAUGUCAAUCAUAUCUUUUUAUAAUGUGUGCGUAUUCAUGUGGUUGUACAUAAAGUAAAUUCCGGCUUGUUAUCCAGGUUA